CACAGGUAACCCGGUCAAUAGUACGACACGUCAACAGUGUUAUGAGCAGCCGGCAAGAGAAAUGGUGGACAUGAAACGGCGUUGGUAGUCUAACUUGUGUGGUUUAUUCCAGAAGUCUUUUUGAGAUUGAGAAGGAUAGAAGGGGAGCGUAAUCAUGGCCUCUUUGCAUCGCAGUGCUAUCGCAUAUGCUUUCACGACAUUUGCUGCUACGUUUAUGAAUUCCAUUUUCAACUUUUACUACGUCAAAAUAUUUCUUAAUGUUUACAGAAUUUCAGAAUAUUGGUUCAAUAUAGCCCAGGUUAUUUUCCUAAUAUGGAAUGCUAUUAAUGAUCCGCUGUUUGGAUAUCUUCAGGAUACCUGUGAAUCAGAGAUAUUCAGGAAGAGAAGGAAAGCUGUUUUAUAUGGGGCCCCUCUUUUUGCUAUGAGUUUUCUUUUGCCCUGGUUUCCAUGGAUACAAGGUGUUAAUGGUCACUGGGUCACCGGUGUGCACCUCAUUGUAUCGUUGUGCUUCUACGAUGCUCUCUUUACAUAUGUUCUACUUGCUCAUUGUGCUCUUUCGGCUGAGAUCUCACCAUUGCAAGAAGACAGGCACAUUGUGUUACAGUACAGUCAAAUUUCUUCACUUCUAAGUCCCUUGGGUCUGUUCUUCUGUGUUCUUAUCUACAAUAAUGAGCAAGACAACUUCCAGGCUUUCCAAGUAGUGUGUGUGGUUGUAGCAGUUGUUAGUUGGCUGUGUAUGUCGUAUACUGGAGUCAAUGUUAGGGUGCUGGCAGACAAACAGCCCCCUCCUAAAAAAGAUUCUAGUAAGACUUGUGAUGUGACGGCUUUUGUCUUGUUCAAGCAACUUGUGACUCAGCCAAACCUGAUCUACUUUAUCAUCAUGAACUUCUUCCAGGUUUUUCAUGGUACAUUCCAGAGCAAUUUCUUCCUCAUCUUUGCUGAUUACCUGAUUGGUCCUGAUGUAAUGCCUUCUAUACUCCUGAGUAUACUUGCAGGAUCUUCCUACGUCCUGCCUCAGAUAGUCGUUCUCAUGUCUGGUUCACUGUUAAGCAAGUACGGAUCUUAUCAUGUUAUAGAGUGGUCAUUUUACAUAAAGUUCAUCCUUGCAGCGGUCAUGUACAUGGCCGGUAGAAUGCACACUUGGCUGUUGGCGUUCAUGUUUCUUGCCGAUCGGACAAUAACUUCGGCAGCGAGCUCGACGUUCAACCUCCCGCUUUCUGAUGUCAUCGAUGACGACAAAAUAACGCACAACCGAGGGAGCCCUGUGUCGUCCAUGAUCUUUGGCACCAACGCGCUCUUUACCAAACCGGCCCAGUCCCUCGCGCCUAUGCUUGUCGUCUAUGUUCUAGCAAGGCAUGGCUACAAGAACAAAGAAAACACCAUGGCAUCCAGAGCAACAGAUUCCUACCGUGAUCUCCAGGAAGUCAUGUUCCAGCUCCUGUGCCUAGUGCCCAUGCUCCUUGCGGUCGUCCAGAUUGUGUUUUGGAGAAAAUACACCCUGCGCAAGUCACGUUACUCCAAGGCACAGUUCACUGAAGAGCUGGCUAUUUAGAUGGAUGGUUCAUUAAAGAUGACACUUACAUUGACGACACUUACACUUCCAUUCUUAUAGAUGAAACAUUGCGACGCAAGCUACCGUUGUCACCCUUAGCAUGGAUAGACCAACCAUUAUUUUAAUAGAUGACACAUUGCGACGAACGCUACCGUGGUCACCUUAGCAUGGACAGACCAACCAUUUUUUUUAUAGAUGAAACAUUACGACGCAUGCUACCGUGGUCACCUUAGCAUGGAUAGACCAACCAUUAUUUUUAUAGAUGACACAUUGCGACGUACGCUACCGUGGUCACCUUAGCAUGGCCAGACCAACCAUUCUUUUUAUAGAUGACACAUUGCGACGCACGUUACCGUUGUCACCCUUAGCAUGGAUAGACCAACCAUUAUUUUUAUAGAUGACACAUUGCGACGCAAGCUACCGUGGUCACCUUACCAUGGACAGACCAACCAUUCUUUUUAUAGAUGACACAUUGCGACGCACGCUACCGUGGUCACCCUAGCAUGGACAGACCAACCAUUCUUUUUAUAGAUGACACAUUGCGACGCACGCUACCGUGGUCACCUUACCAUGGACAGACCAACCAUUCUUUUUAUAGAUGAAACAUUGCGACGUACGCUAACGUGGUCACCUAAGCAUGGAUAGACCAACCAUUCUUCUUAUAGAUGACACAUUGCGACGUACGCUACCGUGGUCACCUUAGCAUGGACAGACCAACCAUUCUUUUUAUAGAUGACACAUUGCGACGCACGCUACCGUGGUCACCCUAGCAUGGACAGACCAACCAUUCUUUUUAUAGAUGAAACAUUGCGACGCACGUUACCGUGGUCACCCUAGCAUGGACAGACCAACCAUUCUUUUUAUAGAUGACACAUUGCGACGAACGCUACCGUGGUCACCUUACCAUGGACAGACCAACCAUUCUUUUUAUAGAUGACACAUUGCGACGAACGCUACCGUGGUCACCUUACCAUGGACAGACCAACCAUUCUUUUUAUAGAUGACAUAUUGCGACGCACGCUACCGUUGUCACGUAUGCAUGGACAGGCCAACCAUGCUUUCUAAAGAUGAGACUUAUGCCUAGUUUAAAUGCCGUUCUUUGCAAAUGAACAACUCGAUUCUUCAAUGUUCUUUCGUACACAUGGCAUGGUACAUAGUCAUAUAGAGUGGCCUUUGAUCUAGGGCCGAUAUGACAUUGUCACUGGCUACUUUAGUCAUCCUAAUUAGCAUUCUUUACCCAUCUCACACGCCUUAGUACCAAAUAAAAUACCCUUCAAAAGGGAUUAUAAAAACAAAACUAUUUAUACAGACUAAGCAAAUUAAAUAUAAUAAACAUAAUUUUAUACAAUUUA